GAGACCGAGGAGAGAGAGAGAGAGAGAGAGUUCCGUGAUCUAAGCAGUGAGAGAGAGAGAGAGAGAGAGUAAAGAACAGAGCUAGAGAGAGAGAGAGGUUCUCGUUUUUUGCCUUUUGGGGAGGUCUCUCUCCUGUGAACGUGAGUGAAGACUCAGAUUUCGCAAAUUUACGAUUUUUAUUUCCAUCUUGUUCUUGUUUUGCUAGAAAAAUGAGGUGGGUAUCUCUGUUCUGAGCCCAACGGGUGGGGGAGGGGGGGACUGAGCUCUGUGGUGUGGUGCUGCUCCUGAGUGUGAAGCUCUCUCCUGCUUUGCUCCCAUGGCCUCCUCUGAAUCUGUUCGAAGUAGGCUGUGCUGACAAAGAUUUCUGUCUCAUCCUGUAAAGAAAAGUAAUGGAACUGGCAUCGAAGAAAGGAUGGAAGUCCGUGGUUCCUCUGCGAUUAAAGGGCAAAUCAGCCACUCGUUUUUGUUUCCUCCCCAAAUCAAAGUCAGUUAACUUUGGUCCAGGCAACACGCCAGUUUAUCUAAAUGUGUACGAUUUGACUCCGAUGAAUGGAUAUGUUUACUGGGCAGGCCUUGGGAUUUUUCACUCCGGUGUUGAAGUUCAUGGGGUAGAGUAUGCGUUCGGAGCUCAUGACUAUUCGAGCAGUGGGGUUUUUGAGGUUGAACCUCGGCAAUGCCCAGGAUUCAAGUUUAGGAAAUCCAUAUUCAUCGGGACGACAAGUUUGGACCCAAUACAGGUGAGGCAGUUCAUGGAGCACCAAGCAGCGAGCUACAACGGCGAUACGUACCACUUGAUCUCAAAGAACUGCAACCACUUCUGCAAGGAUAUCUGUUAUCAGCUCACGGGAAAGCCGAUCCCUAAAUGGGUGAAUCGUCUCGCUAGAAUAGGUUCAAUCUGCAACUGCAUUCUCCCUGAAGCCUUAAAGAUAAAUGCCGUUCAGCAUGACCCAAACUGCCAGCCCUACGAGAGCGAGAAGAGGAGGCUCACAAGUGCCUUAAGCUGCCUCUCUUCCAUAUCAAUGCGUCAGAAACAGUUAUCGACUUCCUCCCUCUUCCUCCGCUCUCCCCUACGAGGCUGUCUACCCCCGUGGGAGUUGAAAAGGUCCAACAAUGGGUCACUGAAAGAAAGGUGAUAUAACUCGGAUGGAUUUUGAGGGCCUUUCCCUCUAAUCAUAAAUAUAUAUAUAUAUUUUUUCUGAGUUAUAUUAAGCAAAGUUAAGUCCGGAAGCGCCGGGCUAUUUGGCGACUCUUCUGGCUGUAAAAUGUAAAAUUACCUGUGGCUGCUAGGGAAGUUGAGGCGACUGCUGCUUGUGACUGUGAAGUUAGGAUGAUAGAUUUUUUUUUAAUCUUCUUUUUUUUGGGGAAAAAUUUGUUCACAAGUAGGUAUGUUGUGCUACUAACCGCCAAAAGAAAACGUAUCGUUGUGUUUUUCUUUUUAUCCUCGCUAUUUCCUAUAUUGAUUCAGCUCGAUUGAUGGCUUAAGAGAU